AUGCCGGCAUCCAGUCGGACCCUCUCACAGCGAGAGAUGCGGGUACGUGACGGGUACAUCGAACUUUAUGUGGUAUAUAACACGUCCAUCCGUUCGUUCAUCAUCGUUGCGAUGUUGAUGAUGAUGAUCAUCGAGUUAUGGUACGUUACUUUGAGCCAUUUAAAUGCCGCGGUCCAUCGCGUGCCGGGAGAGAGGAAUUGGAACCGUUGCCUCCGCGGAGGAGGGGAGGAGGACCAGGGCAUGGCGGCGGACGAGGGGGCGAAGGGGUGGUCUGGACGGAGGUGGCGGUGCGGGGGGAAGGCGUGUCCGCGGAAGGGCGGCGAUGGCGGUGGGGUGACUCUGCAGGGAUAUGUCGUGGACACGGUGAGCGGCGGGGAGAGGUGGCCGGGCGGGAUAGCGGGGACGAGGAGCCUGACGGAGGAGGACCUGGAAGAGCUCAAGGGUUGCCUCGACCUAGGGUUCGGGUUCAACUACGAGGGGAUCCCAGAGCUCCGCAACACGCUCCCGGCGCUGGAGCUCUGCUACUCCAUGAGCCAGAUGUUCCACCUGAACGAUCAGCGCCAACCAAUGCCUCCUGAAGAUUCACCUCCCAUCGCCAAUUGGAAGAUCUCCAGUCCUGGAGAUGAUCCAGAUGAAGUUAAAGCAAGGCUCAAGUAUUGGGCCCAGGCAGUAGCAUGUACUCUCCGAUUAUGCAGCUGAAAGAGUUCGCAUUUCCUUUAGGAGUUAGUCUGCUGAGAGGAACAGAUGGAAAAUGAAGGCAUAUGACAAAAAGAACAGAGAGGAAGUAAAGAGAAGGACCAAUUUAUCAUGACUGACCUGCCGACAUGUAAAGAAGAGAACUUCCUCUUUUCAUGUAUGAUACAGGAUGAAUAAUAUGAUUCUUCUUGG